UGAAAGCGCCAACAUGAGCAUCAGUGAUAAGUGGAAUAUCGGGUGGAUUUUACGUUGUUCUCGCUGAUAGCGGGAUAGCUCUUAUCUUUCGCCGAAGGUUCAUGAAUCGUUGCAGCUGACGUUGCGUGUUCCACAGAAUCCGGAGCAGCGCAACAGCAGCCGCGGGGAGACAGAGGUCGCGAAGGUUCUCGCAAAACAGCAUCGUUUCCGUGGCGAUUUCUGGGACGAUCAGUCGUGUUAUGGUGCCUACCGUGGCGAGCAUAGUAACGAUCAGCCUCUUUUGCUGGCUGUCUUUGAUAGGACUCACCAAAAGCGGUGCUAACAACUUGCACAUGUACGAUGGCAUACGUACGCACGAUAUCAUAGCAGGCGACGUGUUUUUCGAAAUCCUCGACCCUCCCGAGCUGGAGUACACUUAUCGGUUACGACCCGCGAAAGACUUUGGCGGCAGCUUCGGUACCACGUACAAAGCGACGAGUGGGAAGCUGGUGCCGGCCAUUCCUGCCGAUGCGUGCAGUGCGAGGUUUGAAAACGCGGAACAGCUAGUCGGGAAUAUAGCACUUGUGGAGCGGGGCGAUUGUUCGUUUCUCACGAAAGCAAUCAACGUUGAGGCGGUGGGUGGUGCCGCUGUGAUCAUUACGGAGAUUGAUGCCGAGUCGGAUGACUACGAUUAUUACAUAGAGAUGGUGCACGAUAGCACGGAUCGUGACACCGAUAUUCCGGCCGCCUUUUUGCUGGGCAAAAAUGGGCUCAUCAUUCGACGGACGCUGAGCAAGCUGAAGCAACCGUAUGCCGUUGUGAACAUUCCGGUCAAUCUAACGUUCGUGCAGCCACACGAGAUCAACCAGCCACCGUGGUUACAGUGGUAGAGACCCAGCGCGAUGUGUUAUAAUAUUGAAAGCGAAGAAAAGUUGGCCAGUGAAUGCAGCUAUAAAUCGUCGUUACCAUUUUGAGGAAGGGGCCAACACACUGGCCACGGAACGCCACGCAUCACAUGACUUUACACCAAUCGAACAAAAACGAGUGAUAUUUCAACAUGAUAUGAACAUAUUAAACGUUUUGUGAACAAGAGAAA